AUGUAUACCUAUACCGAUAACGAACGUAGAUUAACAUUUAUUGCAUGGAUAACAACAUGUACAAAUAACGACCCAUUAUUUUUAAAUUACAUUUUGUGGACCGAUGAAUCAAAGUUUACCAAUAAUGGCGUUUUAAACAAGCAGAAUAACCGUUAUUGGUCAAACGGAAAUCCACAUUGGGCAGUCGAUACAAAUUAUCAAACAGUACGGGACACAAAUGCGUGGUGCGGAUUAUUAGGAGGAAAUUUAAUAGGUCCACAUUUUUAUGACGGUACUCUUAAUGGAAGACGUUAUUCAGAUUUCUUAACUUUGCUACCGACGAUGUUGGAAGAUGUCCCUUUAUUACUUCGUCAAAUCUUAUUUUUUCAACAGGAUGGAGCACCCGUUCAUAAUGCCAUUAUUGUAAGACAACAAUUAAAUGAAAUGUUUGAAAAUCGACGGAUGGGAACUCGCGGACCAGUGGAAUGGCCUCCACGGUCACCUGAUCUAACACCAUUAGACUUUUUUUUAUGGGGCCAUUUAAAUACUGUUGUUUAUGCAGAACCACCAGCAAACUUACAGGAUUUAAAAAAUAAAAUAGCGGUAGCGUGCAGACAAUUAACAAAAGAACAAAUUUUGGCAGCAACCUAUACAGAAGUGAGUCGUCGACUGGAAUUGCGUUUAGAAAAAAACGGAGGAAAUGUUGAACAUUUUAUUAGAUAA